AUGAGAAAAUUUUGCCUCCAAUUCGCAUUAUAUUUCAUAUGCCAAUUGUUAGUUAUUCAAUAAGCCGAAACUUAAGAUUAAUGCUCAGACAUCAUUAAUGGAUGCUAAAGUUGUUAAAUAGAAUCUACAUCUGAUAGAUUUUCACUGAAAUGUCUAGAAUGUUAAAGUGGACUUUCUAUUUUAACUCAAACUCAUAUCAGUGGUGAUUUGAGAAAUGAAUUUUCAUUAUGUGUUCCUGAUUGUGCCAGAGCUCAUCAAUCAUUUUCGAACAAUCUUGCCACGUCAAUGUGCACCUGUAACAAAAUAAAUUUAAGAGUAUUAUAGGGUGUGGUUAAAAUUGCCAAGAUUGUGAUAGUACUAAAGGUUGUCUUGCUUGCUAGGGACAAGAUCUUUAACAGGGAUGGACUAACUCUCCUAUCUAAUUAGAUAGCUUUAAUUCAAAUUUUUAAAUAUGCACAAACUGUAACACCUGUCUCCCAGAAAAUGUUACAAUAUGUACAUAGUGUAAUGGCAGAAGCUAGUGAGCUUUUUCCAUUAACGGAAUCUGAAUUGAGCAGUGACAUUAAUUGCAUGAUAUUUGAUUUUGAGAAGCAAUAUAACUGCUUGUAAUGCAAACCUGGAUAUUACUUGAACAUAGAUGGAUAUUUCAAUGCAACUACAAAUAGGAAUCAAGAUAUUUGUCUGAGCAGUUAAUGGAUAUUCUACUUAUCAAAGCAAUGUAAUUAAGAGACUGGAAGUCUAAUCAAAACAUUGAAAUGCAGUCUUAAACUAGAUUCAAAUGGUGUCGAUGUCAUUCAGGACUAAAUAUUAGCUUGCUUGGAUGGUUACGUUGAUUCAAAAACAGGAUAAUGUGUUACUAAUUGCGGUAUUGGGAGAUAUGGAAGUACUAGUUUCAAUUACAAAAGUAUGAUCGAUACAUCAUAAUGCUUGGAUUGUGAUUCAUCUUGCUAUGAAUGCUCUUCUCAAUUUGAAUGCAAGUCGUGCAAGAAAGGUUAUUUCUUGAAUUUAAUAGAUGGUAAAAAUACUGGAACAUGCUUGCUAAAGGAAGGAUAGUUUGAGAGUACUAUUUAUGUUUAAACAAGGUAUAAACUAGAUACAGCAGGAAUAAUAGAUGGUUCAAUUGUUAAUCCUUACCUUUCUUUGCAAGAUGCCUUGACUGCAGCUUAUAUUUUAGGUUCACCUUAUGAAUCAGCGACAAUCACUAUCUUAUUAUUUUCAAACUAAUCCCAUUCUAUGAUAAGGUAUCAAUCAAAUCUUGGAAUAUUUAAGAACUAAGGUUGGUUGAUUUAUUUGAGAAUUAAAUAAUCAGAUGCACUUAUAUUUCUUGACAGAGACAGCUUUUUUGGAAAUCACUCAGCUUCCUUAGGCACUCUCAAACUGAAGUUAAAGAUCAUAAUCUUCCAGGAAAAGUUUACUUGA